GCUCAUUCCCUGCCCCCCUUUUACGUAAUAGCCUACCUCUGCUCAGAGACCCCGAUGACAUUCGAUGGACUCGCGCAGUUAUGAAGUCUGAAGAAGUUGACACCAUCGAAGAAUUAAACAGUUUGCCUGUUGAUUCUAUUCGAAUUGCACCGUAUUUGUCUGAACUGAAACAAAAAGCAGCAGCAGAAGUUAGCAUUCGACACUUGAAUUUGACGGAAACUUUUUUGAUACGGUUUCUGCAGGCGAGAGACUUUGAUGUGGUACUGGCGUUCAAGCUUUUGAUUAACUAUCAUAAAUGGAGACAAGAAUGUCCAGAAAUAACAGCCGACCUGAAGCCAUCAUCCGUCAUAGGACUUCUUCAGAACAAUUACCAUGGAGUUUUGAGAUCACGGGAUGAUGCAGGAAGUCGCAUUCUUAUCUAUCGGAUUGGCAAGUACAUGCACAAACAAUUUUUUAAUUGUUGUUUUGUUCAUUAUAAUGGAGAAUAUCACAAAAUUCAGUUGUUUUUAGGUCAGUGGAACCCCAAAGAAUUCACAGCUUAUGAGGUUUUCCGUGUGAGCCUCAUUACUUCAGAGUUGAUUGUUAGAGAAUGGGAGACUCAAAGAAAUGGACUCAAAGCAAUUUUUGAUCUCCAAGACUGGUGCUUCGCACAUGCCCUGCAGAUAAAUCCUUCCUUGGCAAAAAAGAUAUCUUCUGUGCUUACAGACUCCUUUCCUUUGAAAGUACGUGGCAUCCAUUUGAUAAAUGAGCCUAUUUUUUUCCGUCCUGUCUUUGCCAUGAUCCGUCCAUUUCUUCCAGACAAAAUCAAACAAAGGAUUCAUAUGCAUGGGAGUUCUUAUGCCCGAAGUCUCAGCAAUUUCAUUCCGAAGGCUAUCCUCCCUCCUGAAUAUGGAGGAACCGGACCCAGCAUAACUGAAGUGUGCCAGGAUUGGACUGAGUACAUCAUGCAGUCUGAAGACUAUCUCCAUAGCCUCUCUAUAGAUUUAGGUGGAGGGGAUGCUUCUCAGUCAUCUGCCUAUGAGUGAUUAAAAUGAAGGUAUUUGCUACCAUGUGCACUUUGUGCUAGAUGAUGUAACACAUUCUGGUGGGCGGGUUACAUACUCUCUUUGAAAAUCGGGAUAAUUUUGCUGACUUAAAGUAAUAGUUCACCAAAAAUGUAUUUUUAUGUAUUCACCCUCAGGCCAUUCAAGAUUCUCCACUAGAACAGAUUUGGAGAAAAUGUAGCAUUUCAAGUUAAUACAGUGAAUAGGUGAAUAGGUGAAUAAUACAGUGAAUAGGUGCCAUAAGAAUGAAAGUUUAAAGAGAUGUUAAAAACAUCAAUGUAAUCCACAAGUAAUCCGUGCGACUCCACUCCAUCAAUCAACAUCUUUGGAAGCAAAAAUCUAUAUGUUUGCAACAAAUUAAUCAAAUCUUUUUUCUAAAAACGUCAAACUGUUGCUUUCAGCUAAAAUAAGAGUACUAUAAUAUUCUCCAUUGAAAAAUAAUUUAAUCUGAAUAAGGAGAGAAAUAUGCACAGAUUAAGCUCUUUUUAGAGGUAAAAAAAGUACAAAACAAUACAAAACAAAUUCUUGGUGGAUGGCCUGAGAGUGAGUUCAUUUUUGUUUUUUGGGUGAAAUAAUCCUUUAAAUUGUAAAGCAUAUUAGUGUAAACAUGUAUGUUUUACUUAUAUACUUUUACUUUAUCUUUAUCUUUUUUUCAUAUUGCACAUGAACUAAUGGUGCAGCAAUUUAAAUUGUCUGCAGCUCUUCUAACAUUCCAGACUGGAUAAAAAAAAUAGGAAAUUAAUAUUUUUGAAUAAUUUUAUUGAAUUCUAUACGUCACAGACAUUCAUUGCAAACACGAUAUACCUCUGAAGAUACAAUAGAGGAUCAUAGCUCAGAUAUUCUUUUGCCUUUAGAAGAAUGAUUCCACGGUUACUUUUAAAUAACACAAGUAGUGUACAAUGUUGUGCAUGCCCAAAAUAUCAAAGUGCCUUUCUUCUUUUCCUUGUGAACUGUCAAUGCUUUUAUUGUUGUAUUUUCUUAACAAUGGACAUAGCUCAGGAUAUGUUACAUAAGUCUCUGUGCUUCUGGAAGUUUGAUAGCAAUCAUCAUGACUGCUUCAUUAUAUUGAUGCUCUUAAGUCAAAUGAUCUGUAAUGUAAUUGUUAACUGCAGAAUUUAUUAACAUUUGCUGCUUUUUAAAAAGCUGAAGACAUGUACAUUUUAGUCUGCACCAAGUGGGCCUAUAAAAUAGCACUUUGGUCUAAUGCCUUUUGCUCUGACUCUUAAACAAAUAUAAACAGAAGCCGAUGACCUUACUGGAACUCUUCAUGUUUACAGACUUCCUUAAAUGUGAAUUUCUGAAACCAUGUAUAUAAUCUAGUUCAGUUUAUUGCAUUAUUUCUGUCAGACAUGGUGUCUAAAGACAGUAGAAAAUUACUGUUUUACAUUUUUUAAUUGUGCUGUCCUCACUUGUAAUCAAACUAUGACUAUUCAGUUUUUUUUUUUUUACGUAAAUUAUCAUAAUGAUAAAAAAGUACACAGACAUAUUAAUACACAAUGUGCAACUUAAAUAAACUUGGCAGCAAAACAA